GUACUGUACAUGUGGAAGAAUUGACAUUAAAGCAGACUUGAGUUGACUUGAAGCGUCGCAUCUCUGUGCUGCCCCCUACCGGACAUCAUGAUCUCUUCUCCUCUUCACACCUGAGUUGGGGCGGGGUCUGUGUACUUACGUCAUCACUCACAUGCGGUGCUGGACAAGAAGAAGAGGUGAAAUUAGGUAAAUGCGCUUUUUAAUUUUUUGUGUAGACAGCUUGAUUUUCGUUACCUGCAAAGGGGAUUUUCAAGGAAUGCGCAAAGAAGGACAUAAUUUGAGUCUAAUAUUCCAGUCAUGAGGGACAGACUUGGCCAUCUCCAGGCAGUAUCACUGUCUAAUGGCCCUGCAGCAGAGCAUGAAACUGCCCAAGCUCUAUCUCCAUCAGGAAACACAGACUAUGAUGACCCUCCUCAGGACCCCAGCACCAACCCUGACCUGGAAGCUGUCUUUGAUGAGGCACUGGAGGCUCGCCGUCAGAUUCAGUACAUUCGCCUGGAAGUAAAGCGUCUCAGUGAUCAAAACACACACAUUUUUACAGGCUCAGUUUGCUCUAGUGCUUCUAAUACCAAUGACUCCAAUGCUAUUGCAGCUGACAUCAAAACUCGUGGACAGGAGAUGCUUGUGCACCUUCGCAAGAUGGAUUCCCACAGGAAAGAGUUAGAGGAAAAGUAUGGCAUCAAUUCCCCUGUGACGAGAAUCGCCCGAACACAGUACGCCAGCAUAAGCAACAGUUUCCGUGAUGCCAUGGUGGAGUACAAUGAGGCUGAGAUGAGCCAUAGAGAGUCCUGCAAGGCAUAUAUUCAGCGGCAGAUGGAGAUUGUGGGGCGAGAGGUCACAGGUGACCAGAUCGAAGAGAUGUUGGAGAGCGGUCAUUGGAACGUCUUCAGUGAGAAUAUGGUUUCAGAAGGUAAAACGGCCCGGUCUGCACUCAUCCAGAUCGAGAGCCGACAUACAGAACUGCUACAGCUGGAGAGACGCAUUCAGAGCCUUCAUGAGGUGUUUCUGGAUGUGGCCAUGUUAGUAGAAGAGCAGAGAUCAAUGAUAGACUACAUUCACACCAAUGUUCAGUCAACUGAGGUGGAGGUCAGAGACGUCCUUGUGAAGCUGGAGCGAGCCAAGAGACAUGAUAGGAGCAAUCCGUUUAAGAAAAUGUUCUUCUGGAAACGAUGAGAAGGACACGGAUAUCACAAUGUCAAAUAAAUAUAUAUUAAGUGAUCUGAAUUUUUUGGUUUGUAUUACAUUUUUAUAUGUUUUAUGUGUUAUUUAGACAAAUGCAUAUUCAUCUGAAGAAAAACAAACACAUAUCACACUAAUUUUGAAUAUAGGCUUCACGCUGAAAUAAAUCAGAUUUAUAAAUAUUUCUAAUUUUGUGCCUUUGGAGAUUCAGAUGUCCUUUAUUUCUGUAGUUUGCCCUUUUCAAGUGUUUAUUCUUAUGUGGAAUGUAUCUUGUCAAUAUAACUACAUUUUAUAGAUAAAUAAGCGAGGCGCUGGAUGACAGGUUA